CGCGAAGCUAACUUGAGCACACGGCAGAUAAAUACGUGGAGCAGUUAUUUCAAAACCACCAGUGGGUAACAUUAGAAAUAUAAAAACAAGUUAUUUAUUUUUAUUUUUUAUUUUUAAAAUCCAAACGGCAAAUUAUGUCGACCAAAAAAUGUAUCGUUGUUGUGUGCGUUGUAAUUCUACUGUUGGUGGCCGUUGUGAACGUCAACGGCAAACGGGGACGAGGAAAAACCAGAUCGAAGAACAAAAUUCAAAUCGGAUUACCCAUCACGGGAAAGUACAGAGAUCCGGAAUCCGAUCAAUAUUACAAUCACAACGAUGGAGCCAAAAUUAUUAUGGCGUCUCAUUUCGACUAUGAAUACGUGCUGGGACAUAAGAUAAUAUUCGUGUGCGUGGCUCGAGGCGAUCCGAGGCCUCAGAUCACUUGGUUCAAAGACGGCGUUGAACUGUACUACCAUUACAACCAUCAUUUCGAGGUACACGAAUGGAAAUUGGGUGUGGACAGAAUAAAAUCAAAACUGGAAAUCGACCCUGGGACUCAAAUGGACGCGGGUGUCUACGAGUGCUCGGCCGACAACAAUUACAGCAUUGACAGAAGAAGUUUCAAGACCGAUUUCAGCAUUGCUUUUGAAUCGUAAAACCAAUUUUCAUACGUUCAUAUCAAUUAUUACCAUAAUUAAUUCGAGUUAAGUUAUUACGACACGCUGUUUAAGACAAAUUAUACUACUAAUAAGUUUAAGUUAAGUCGUUAUAAUAAGUUUAAGUUACAUACGUUUUGUUGUAAUUGACAAUAUCCAUGUAAUCAAACGACCGAGCGUAAAAUCCAUCUUUAGAUAAAGCGCCCCAAAAGUUUGACCACGCCUUAAAAGGCCGCGUUAACAUUGGGGCAAUUAUUUUUCUAAAAAAAAAAAAAUUGUUUAUAAUUAUGAGCUUAUUCGUUUUUUAAUAAAAUUAUAUCCGUCUUA